GAAAGACAUAAAAAUGCGCCACAAGUAGAACAGAUUCAUUCGUCGACGACAGAAGACGGUUUAAGCGUCUGAGGAUACUGAUGAUGGCACGUGUAUUUCUGUUAGCAGUGGUGUUAGUGGUGCAGAUUGUGGGCUACACAGUUGCGCAAAAAAGUUCCUGCGAGGAAUUGGGAACAGUUUUCUACCCGGUGCCUGCCACACGGUGCGAGGAGUUCUCCCAGGAAGCAAAGUUCGGUGCCCCUAGUCAGUACAGAAUAAAGAAAUGCAAGCCGGAUCUUGCCUUUGACGUCCACGAGUGCGCUUGCAACUGGAAGUAUGCAUUCACCUGCCCAAACACCCUCAAUUACCCAGAAACACCCAAGUUUAUAGCGUGCAUGGCGGACUGUAUGUAUAAAACAAGCCAAGAAAUUCAGGACAUCUUCAGCCAAUGUGGUACCAAUUUCGGAUGCUGGGAUAGCAGAGGGGGAGGGAGAUGUCAUUCUCGUUGUAACAUAGAACCAGAGGAACCAGGUGCGUACAGGGUGGAUAUCCGCUUAUCUAGCUUGUUCGUUUAUAUACUCGGUCUCACCCUCUCACCACUCUACAUUUUCUAACUCUACACCUCGAUCCCCUCUCCCAUCUCUCUCUCCCUGUCUCAAAACAUGAUUACAAUUUAUGGCGGCUGAUCCAGGAAUGUUCUAGGGGAGGGUGGCAGAAAAGUCUGGGUGGGAAAUGCAAAAUUUAAAGGGAGAGACAGGUGAAGGACCUACUUGUAGUCACCCAAUGGUUAUCGUAUAGAGACAACAAGUGCAGAACUCUGGUAAAAUGACAUAUGCAUACAUUGUACGACCGCAUAUAUUGUAAAGACUUAAGCCCGCAUUGUGCCAAAGUGCACAGGCAUGAGCCAGGAAUUUUGAAAAAAAAAAAAAAUAAUAAAAUAAAUCAAUCACUAUUUGUUAUGGGGCCAACACAAUUUGGUCGGGGGUCUGGGGGACGCAUUUGGAACUGAAAUAAUUAUUCAUGGAAAAAGCACAUGCCUGAGAGUACAACGGAAAUAUAACAUUUACAGUGUAUUAUAUGUUGUCUUUUCUUGAUUA